ACACUGUUUACUGUUAUUAUGAUUACAGCUGAUCGUAUUUGUUUAUUUUGGGCGGAUAACAAUCGCAAUAUGUCGAGCGAGGAAAAGAAAAAGCGGGGCAGAAACUUCUCGGAAGCGGAAGAACUAGUGCUCGUGGAGCUGCUCGAGAAGAGGCGAAGUGUCCUCGAAAACAAGAAGUCAGACGCGGCCACCUGGAAACAGAAAGUGCAGGCCUGGGAAGAAAUGGCGCACUCUUUUUACACAAGGACUGGAGUACGACGCGAAUGGAAGGCGCUGAGGGACAAAUUCAUAAAUAUGAAACGCAGAGCCAAAAUGGAAAUUGGGGAGGAGCAGGCGUACAGCAUUCGCAGGAGGAAGCGCAAAUUUUUCGCUGCGACAGGCGAUUCAGCAACAGGCUUAAGCCCUCAAUUUGGCAGCGAUAACUUCAUUUUGCCAAAUGAGACGGGCUACGACGGAGAAGAUGAUAUGUUCGAGAGUUCGACGGAUGAGCACGAUGUCGACGGUUUGAUGACACACAAAAAAACCAGUUCCGAGUGGUCCAGUUUGAAUCCAAGAACUCUGCGCAGCCUGCACGAAGAGAAGAUUAAGUUGGUGCUGCUACAGCAAGAAUUUUAUAAAGGCGAGAACCAGCGAGCACAGGAGAAACAUGACCAGGAAAUCGUCAAAGAGAAACUGAAACUGGAGCAGGAGGUUAAGGAGGGCAAACUACGGAUCGAACUGAUGCAAUUGGAUAUCCUCGAGAAAAGAACCAGACUAGAUAUGAAAUAGAAGUUCUAAGGAAUCGCUUGUCGCGCUGCAAAUCUAAUGCCUGAAUUGAAAACCAUUUAUUUGGCUAUCAACAAGAAAAAAUUGACUUCUUAAA